UCAGUUUCCAUCUUCUCAACAGUAUCUACUCGAAAUCAAUCAAACCUGCGAUAAAGGAAAAAACAACGAGAGAGAAGAACAAACGAACGAAGGGAAGAUGAGUUUGAGGUGGUUAGAAGCAAUGCUUCCACUUGGAAUCAUAGCUGGUAUGCUUUGUGUUAUGGGCAAUGCUCAGUAUUUCAUCCACAAAGCUGCCCAUGGUCGGCCGAAACAUAUUGGGAAUGACGUGUGGGACGUGGCAAUGGAAAGGCGGGACAAGAAGAUUAUGGAGAUCCUUGCUUCUCCUUCUUCGUCGUCGUCUUAGGCUCUGUUCCUCUUUAUAUGGAAACCUGUGUUUCGGAAUAAAAGUCUUUGAUGCUUCUCCUUGGUUGAGAUCAUGUGCGAAGUACUUUAGUAUCGUCUUUCUUCCUUCUCCUGUUGAUGAUUUUCAUGGCCUAUGAGCUUUAUAAAAAUGACAAUGUUAUUCAGAAUACACUGGUUUGGAGGUUCAAAUUGUUGUGAAAUACUUAAGUCCACCUUUUUGAGUCUAGUGUGGUUGUUGGUCUAUAUUUAGACUUUUGUGGAAUUAUCACUAGUAUUCAUUGACCCACUUAAAAAGAGGGAUUUGACUGGAA